UUGUGAAGACCUGGACACUUGAAUUACCGAGAAAGACAAAUUGAAUUAUAGAGAUUUCUUCCAGCUGGUAUAAUGAAAUGAUUCCAACUCUCCGUGUUGGUUAAAUAAGGAAUUAUUUUAAACCCGUGAAUCAUUCCUGGUAUCUCGAGGAUGGAUAUUUGAAUUCUUCUGCAGAGGACGCAGAGUAGUCGAUUAUUCUUUUGGUGAAUACUUCUUGGAAGGCUCACAAAAACAAUUAGGGCGAAACUCUAUGGGUAACCCUUGGCCACAAUAAAUUAUUGGUCAACCAUGGUAAAACUUGCCAACCCACUUUAUACAGAGUGGAUUCUUGAAGCGAUACAAAAAGUUAAAAGGCAAAAGCAGAGGCCGUCUGAAGAAAGAAUUUGUCAUGCUGUGUGUGCGUCCCAUGGUUUAGACAAGAAGACAGUUUCUGAACAGCUGGAAUUAAGUGUCCAAGAUGGUUCUGUGCUCAAGGUUACCAACAAAGGCCUCGCAUCCUACAAAGAUCCAGAUAACCCAGGGCGUUUUUCAUCUGUUAAACCUGGCGAGCUACCUAAACCGACUAAAGGAUCCAGAGGAGCUUGUAACGAACUUCGGAACGUGGAUUGGAAUAAACUUCUGCGGAGAGGAAUCGAAGGGCUUCAGGAACCAAACGGCUCUUCCCUCAGAAACAUCGAAAAAUACCUGAGAAGUCAACAUGACCUUGCGAGUGUUUUCAAUAACCCCGUGUUUCAGCGGAGACUACGACUGGGGGCCAAACGAGCUGUAAAUAAUGGGAGAUUAUUGAAAGACGGACCUCAGUAUAGGGUGAACUAUGGUGGUCUGGAAGGCAAAAGGGCGUCAAAAUACAGUCCCUUUCCAGCAUCUCUCCCACCAGUCAGUCUUUUGCCUCAUGAAAAAGACCAGCCACGAGCUGAUCCCAUUCCGAUAUGUAGUUUCUGUUUGGGGACAAAAGAAUCAAACCGUGAGAAAAAACCAGAAGAGCUCCUCUCCUGUGCAGACUGCGGCAGUAGCGGACAUCCAUCAUGUUUGAAAUUUUGUCUGGAGUUGACGACUAAUGUGAAGGCCUUAAGAUGGCAGUGUAUUGAAUGCAAGACAUGCAGUGCCUGUAGAAUCCAAGGCAAAAAUGCGGACAACAUGCUUUUCUGUGAUUCUUGCGACCGAGGAUUCCACAUGGAAUGCUGUGACCCUCCUCUUUCCCGAAUGCCAAAAGGUAUGUGGAUCUGCCAGGUCUGCAGACCAAAGAAAAAAGGAAGAAAGUUACUUCACGAGAAAGCCACACAGAUAAGGCGGCGAUACACAAAACCUAUUGGACGACCAAAAAACAAACUAAAGCAACGAAUGUUGUCUGUAACCCGUGAUGAAGGAUCCAUGAAUGCAUUCACAGGAAGGGGGUCACCUGGUAGGGGUCAAAAGACUAAAGUCUGUACCACACCUUCAUCUGGUCAUGCUGCAUCUGUGAAGGAUUCAAGCAGCAGAUUGGCUGUUACAGACCCCACCCGGCCUGGUGCCACCUCCACCACCACCACCACCACCACCAAAAUCACCACCACCACCUCCACCUACAUACCUGCCUCUACACUUAACGUUAACAAGAAAACCAAAGGGCUCAUUGACGGCCUUACUAAGUUUUUCACCCCGUCACCCGAUGGUCGCAGAUCACGAGGUGAAAUAAUAGACUUUUCAGAGCAUUAUCGUCCGAGGAAAAUGGCCUCUCAGAAACAGUCCUGUGCUUCUCAUGUGUUGUUGGCUACAGGUACCACACAAAAGCUAAAACCUUCUUCACUUCCAACCCCAGCCCCCAUCUCUGGUCAGAGCCCCAGUUCACAAAAAUCCAGCACGUCCGUCUCUUCUAACUCUCCCCAAAGCUCCUCCAGUCAGUCCAGCGCGCCUUCCUUUAGCAGCCUUCCCAGUCACAGUCAGCUGAAGGGACUUUUUGAUGGACUUUCUCAUAUUUAUACCACUCAGGGACAGCCUCGCAAAAAGGGGCACCCGAGUUACGCACCACCCAAGCGUUUGCGGCGCAAGGCAGCGUUCUCUUCCGCAUCCAAGUCUAACGCUGCUUUCUAUGGAAAGAAAGAUAUUAGAAGUAGGUUUCUUUCUCAUUCCUCCACCUCUGGAUGGGGUAUGUCUAGAGGACGCUCUUUUAAAGCACUUGCUCACUUCAAGCAAACGACUUUCCUUAAAAAGCGCAGGAUUCUAGGCAGAUUAAAGUAUAAAGUGACCCCUCAGAUGGGGACCCCCUCACCAGGGAAGGGGAGCUUGGCAGACGGAAGGAUUAAACCUGAUCAGGAUGAUGGUACUGAAAUCAAAAUAAGCAUCAAACAAGAAAACACAGAUUUGUUUCUGGUGGGAACCAAGGACAUUGUUUCGGAAGAAGAUCUGGAAAUAUUUAAGCAGGCUCGAGAACUUGCCAUGGAGAAGAUCGGAUGCGUAAAUGGAGGUGAAACAAACGGCCGGUACCCUUCGGUGAUAGAAUUUGGAAAGUAUGAAAUCCAGACCUGGUAUUCGUCACCUUACCCGCAGGAAUAUGCAAAACUGACAAAGCUUUUCCUGUGUGAAUUCUGUCUUAAAUAUAUGAAAAGUAAAAAUAUUUUGCUAAGACACUCAAAGAAGUGUGGCUGGUUCCAUCCUCCAGCCAACGAAAUCUACAGAAGGAAGGACCUUUCCGUUUUUGAGGUUGAUGGGAACGUGAGCAAAAUUUAUUGCCAAAACCUUUGCCUGUUGGCAAAGCUCUUUCUGGACCACAAAACCUUAUAUUAUGAUGUCGAGCCAUUCCUUUUCUACGUUCUCACAAAGAAUGACGAGAAAGGGUGCCACCUGGUCGGCUACUUCUCUAAGGAAAAGCUCUGCCAGCAGAAGUACAAUGUCUCCUGCAUAAUGAUCAUGCCCCAGUACCAAAGGCAAGGAUUUGGAAGGUUUCUCAUUGAUUUCAGUUACUUACUUUCCAGAAGAGAGGGGCAAGCGGGAUCUCCCGAAAAGCCACUGUCCGACCUGGGUCGCGUGUCCUACUUGGCCUACUGGAAAAGCGUGGUGCUGGAGUACCUUUACUGCCACCAUGAGAAGCAGUUCAGCAUCAAGGGGAUGAGCCGGGCCACGGGCAUGUGCCCCCACGACAUUGCCACCACCCUCCAGCAGCACAGUAUGAUGGACAGGAGAGAAGAAAAAUUUGUACUAAUUAGAAGGGAGAAACUGAUUUCAAGUCAUAUGGAGAAACUGAAAACCAGCCCACGCGUCAACGAAGUGGAUCCAGAAAGCUUGAGGUGGACUCCUGUCUUAGUUCCUAAUGCUGCAGCCUCUGAGGAAGAGAGGGAAGCUGAGAAAGAGGCAGAGCGGCUGAUGGAGCAGGCGAGCUGCUGGGAGAAGGAGGAACAGGAGGCGCUGUCUGCGAGAGCCAACAGCAGGCAGCCGCCAGCCAAAGCACAGUCAAAGAACAAGUACCUGCGGCCUCUAGAGAAUGCGGUAUUGGCCGAGCGAGGGCAGCCCCCAGACCCACCGAAAGAGAGCAGUGGGGAAGAGGAGAAGGAGGAAGAGGAGGGCGAGGAGGAGGAGGAGGAAGAGGAGGACAAGGAUGGAGACGGGCGUCACCCAAGUUCCCCUCUCAGGCUGUCGAAACCGCAGUUGCUGGCUGUAAAGAGAAAGAGACCGUUCAUGUUGAAGAAGAAAAGGGGCCGCAAGCGCAGAAGGAUUAACAGCAGCGUUACGACAGAGACGAUUUCGGAAACCACCGAAGUGCUGCACGAACUCUUUGAUAACUCGGAAGAGGAGCGGCCAAUGCCGCAGCUGGAGCCCACGUGUGAGAUGGAGGGGGAAGAGGAUGACUUAAAGCUGGGGUUCGAAAAAGCCUUCCAGCGCCAGCCUGGCGAGACAGAGGAGAACGAGGAAGAGGAGCAGGAAAGAGACAAUCAUGGUUACCCAAACGAGGUUCAGUGCAGAGUUAAUGCAGAAGAACAUGCAGUCAUCGUGGAAGAAGAUAGUAAAGACAAUCCCGAACCAGUAAUAUGUAAACAAGGAUGGCCCAAAGGAGUGAAACGAUGCCCGUCCAAGUGGCGGCAAAACAAGGAGAGAAAAAGCGGCUUUAAGCUUAAUUUGUACACUCCGCCCGAAACUCCUAUGGAGCCUGACUAUCAGGUGAUGGGAGACGAAUCGAAAGACAUGGCCGAGAAGAACCCCUCUCCUCAUGCUCCUGUCAUUAUGGAUGAGAUUAAAGAUCCUGAAACCGUUCUGCCACCUGAAGAUGAAGCAAGAGAGCUAGCAUCGGAGUGUGUGGAGCCACCCCAGGCAGCCAUGGAAACAACAGAAAAUGAGGUAACAAAAGUAGAGGAAGUGGAAGACAACAACAUAGUAGAAGAGGCAGAAAAUGCAAAGAGUCAAGAUAAAGACCAAGAAGAAGAAACGGACCUGGAGAAAGAUGAACCGGAGCAACUGGAAGAACAGGAGGAGGAGGAAGAGGAGGAGGAAGCCCAAUCUCGCAACGAGGAUCACGAUGCUGAUGAUGAAGACGAGAGCCACAUGGGUCCGAUAGAGGCGGAAAAGGAAGCAGCGCCAGGAGAAGUUCUCAAAGAAGUCAUUGAGAACAGGGAGUCUUUUUUAGACUCAAGUGAACAGAGCGGCAGUUCAGACCAGGAGAACAUGAUGGCCUGUGGGGUGGACCUUGCCGCGGAGUGUGAGGGUGGCCCUAAAGCGCUUCCUGCUCUUAUGGAGCCUGCACCCGAGUCAGGCGAUGAAAACACCAAGGGCCACCCCCAAAAGGACAGCGAGGAGCCGGAUUCUGCAUUCAAGGAGGAAAGCUCGGAAACCCUGGAGAUCGACUCUGAGACAGCGCAGGCCGUCAAGUCCUUGACACAAGAAGCAACGGAACCAGAAGACGUGUUCCAGGACUGUGCGGAGACGCAAGAGGCUUGUCGCAGCCUGCAGACUUACAGCAAUACUGACCAAAGCCCCCAGAUGAUCGCCCUGGACGACUGCCAGCAGUCCGACCACAGCAGCCCCGUCUCGUCCGUCCAUUCUCACCCCAGCCAGUCAGUCCGUUCUGUUAAUAGCCCAAGCGUGCCUCCCCUGGAAAACAGCUACGCUCAGAUAAGCCCGGGUCAGAGCGCCAUCUCCGUGCCCUCUUUACAAAACAUGGAGACCAGUCCCAUGAUGGACGUCCCCUCGGUUUCUGACCAUUCGCAGCAGGUAGUGGAUAGCGGGUUCAGCGACCUGGGCAGCAUCGAGAGCACGACGGAGAACUAUGAGAACCCGAGCAGCUACGACUCGACCAUGGGCAACGGCAUCUGUGGGAACAGCUCCUCGCAGAACAGCUGCUCGUACAGCAAUCUCACAUCCAGUAACAUGACGCAGAGCAGCUGCGCGGUGACCCAGCAGAUGUCCACCAUGAACGGGAGCUGCGGCAUGAUGCAGACGGCCAGCAUCAGCUCCCCGCCCCCUUGCAACGUGAAGUCCCCCCAGGGCUGUGUGGUGGAAAGGCCCCCCAGCGGCAGCCAGCAGCUCCCGCAGUGCAGCAUGGCUGCCAAUUUCACCCCGCCUAUGCAGCUGAGCGAAAUCCCGGAGGCUGCCAACAACAACAACAGCAGCAGCAGCAUUGGCUUGUACGAGAGGAUGGGGCAGAGCGAGUUCACGGCCGGGCAUUACCCUCAGCCGUCCGCCACCUUCAGCCUCGCCAAGCUGCAGCAGCUGACCAACACGCUGAUGGACCAUUCGUUGCCUUACAGCCACUCAGCAGCUGUCACUUCCUAUGCAAACAGUGCCUCUUUGUCUGCCCCUCUUAGCAGCACAGGACUCGUUCAGCUCUCGCAGCCCCCUCAUUCGGUUCCAGGCGGCACCCAAGUCCAGGCCACCAUGACGCCACCCCCGAACCUCACCCCUCCUCCCAUGAACUUGCCACCGCCCCUUUUGCAGCGCAACAUGGCCGCUUCCAAUAUCAGCCUCUCCCACGCCCAGAGGCUGCAGACUCAGAUGCCCGGGAAAGGCCACGUUUCGGGGAGGACUAAGUCGUCGUCUCUGGCACCGGCUGCGGCAGCCCAUCAGCCGCAGAUUUACGGGCGGGCCUCACAGACGGUGGCCAUGCAGGGGCCGGCGCGCACCUUAACCAUGCAGCGGGGCAUGAACAUGAGUGUGAACUUAAUGCCGGCCCCCGCGUACAAUGUCAACUCUGUGAACAUGAACAUGAACACCCUGAAUGCGAUGAAUGGGUAUAGUAUGUCCCAGCCCAUGAUGAACGGUGGCUACCAUGCGAAUCACGGGUACAUGAAUCAAACGGCCCAGUACCCGAUGCAGAUGCAGAUGGGGAUGAUGGGAAGCCAGCCAUAUGCACAGCAGUCAAUGCAGACUAACCCCCACAGCAACAUGAUGUACACCCCUCCUGCACAUCAUGGCUACAUGAACACUGGCAUGUCCAAACAGUCCCUGAAUGGCUCUUACAUGCGUAGGUAG